AUGUCUAAUCCAAGAAAUCAAGAUCCAGGAUGGGAGCAUGGCACACCGGUUCUGGAUAAAGGCACUACACAUGUGCGUUGCAAGUAUUGUGAAAAAGUAACAAAGGGUGGUAUUUAUAGGCAUAAAUUGCAUCUCGUGGGAGGAAAUAAAAAUGUUCAAGCAUGUACAAAAUGUCCUCAAGUUGUUAGGGAUGCAAUGAGAGAGUUUAUGCUCAAUAAGAAGCAAAGAAAGAAGGAGGUAAGUUCAACGGCGACAAUGAGUGUUCCUUCAAACUUUGAUGACGAAGGUGAUGAUGGUAUGGAUUUUCCAGAGGUGGCGGGAAAUCCGGUGAUGGGAUCUAGUUUGGGAUCUUCUACCAAAUCAAUUAAAGGUCCUAUGGAUUUGUAUUUUAAUAAAAAGGAACACCAAAGUUUGAAAAGGGCAAAAGGCAGUGAGCAAGUAACAUUGGAGGCAUGUAAGGAGUUGAGGGAGAGGGCUAUGGUCCAAUUUUCACGGUGGAUGUAUGAGGCCGGACUGCCAUUUAAUUGUGUUCAAUACACUAAAAGCUUACAAGGCUUUAUUGAGUGUGUUGCACAACAUGGACCGGGAAUGAAGCCACCUUCCUAUCAUGAAGUUAGAGUGACAUAUCUUAAGAAGGAGGUUGAGCAUGUUAAGGAAUUGUUCAAGCCACAUCAGGAGACAUGCGAUGUAUAUGGUUGUUCUUUGAUGAUGGACAAGUGGACAGAUAGGAGAGGUCAUGCAUUUAUAAAUAUCCUAGUUAAUUGUUCACUUGGAUCGUAUUUCCUCCAGUCGGUAGAUGUUAGCAAGGACACUGUGGAUGCUAAGAAAAUGCUUGAGCUCUUUGAAACUUUUGUCAAUCAAGUGGGGAAGGAUAAAGUUGUGCAAGUCAUAUCUGACAAUUCUUCAGAGAACGUGAGAGCUGGCAAGGAUUUAAUGAAGUUGUACCCGACAUUGUACUGGACGCCCUGCGCUGCCCAUUGCAUCAAUUUGAUGUUUAAAGACAUCUUUGAGAUUCGUCACUUUUCAAUGGCGUACAAGCGGGCUUUGAAAUUGUCGGUGUAUAUCCAUUCAAAGACAGAGCUUUUGAAUUGGUUGAGGAAGUAUACUGGGAAGCGUGACUUGGUCAAGUUUGCUAAGACUCGGUUUGCUACAGCAUUCUUGACAUUCAAGAGGCUUCACAAGCAGAAAAAUAAUUUGAGAAAAUUGUUCAACUCAGAAGAAUUCCUCACUAGCUCUUACUUCAAAGAAGUGGCAGGAAAAGAGUGUUCUAGAAUUGUGCAAAUGCCAAGCUUUUGGAAUACAAUUCUAGAAGCACUUAAAAUAGGUGGUCCAUUGAUUAGCACUCUUCGAUUAGUUGAUGGGGAUGUUAAGCCAUCAAUGGGCUAUAUUUAUCCUGCGAUGGAGAUCACAAAGAAAGCAAUUCAAAAAUCUUUCGACAACAACACAAGCAAGUACAAGAAGGUAUUUGAGAUCAUAGACAAAAGGUGGACUUCCCAGCUUCGUCAACCAUUGCAUGCAGCUGCGUAUUACUUAAAUCCAGAUUACUUCCGGUAUAGGGGUGAGCCACAUGUUUCUCCUACAAUUAAUUCGCCAGAAGUUGUUGCUGGAUUUUAUUCUUGUUUGGAGAGGUUGGUUCCAGAUCAAGAUCUGCAGGACAAAAUUACUAAGGAAGUAUCUAUGUGGGAAGUUGGGGAUGGUUUAUUCGGCUUGACAGUUGCCAAGAAGCACCGCGGUUCUAGAACUCCAGUUAAUUGGUGGACUUCUUUUGGGGGUUCAACUCCUCAUUUGAAAGAAUUCGCAAUUAAGCUUCUUAGUCUCACGACUAGUGCAUCCGGAUGUGAAAGGAAUUGGAGUGUCUUUGAGCAUUUGCAUUCGAAAAAGAGGAGUCGCCUUGAACACAUGGGCCUUAAUGAUUUGGUUUUCAUCAAGUAUAAUAGGGCAUUGAGGCGACGAUGGGAAAUGCAGGAUACCAUUGAUCCAAUUAGUUUGGAUCAAAUUGAUUUUGCCAAUGAAUGGUUGACAGGUAUCCCGGAGGAUGCAAAUGAGUUGGUGUUUGGUGAUGGGGAUGACUUGACUUGUGGUGACAUUGUUAAAUUUUCGGGUGCAAAUGAAACUCCUUAUUCUCUUAGGCAUGGUUCAAAAGGAAAAGAGAAGGUUGGGUGUUCAAAUUCAAGGUCUAAGGGUAAGGGAAAGGAAAAGGUUUCCCAAGAUAGACUAGUGAAUGAAGAUGAAGAUGAUGAAGAUGAGGAAGAAGCUUGUGAGGAUGAUGGAGUUAUGCAAUUUGACAAUACGGAUUUGUUUGAUGAAGAAGAAGAGUUUGAUAUGGAGUAAUGGAGGAUUGAA